AUGAGAAUGAGGGAGAAACCAUCUGCAAUGAGGGACUUCUUUCGAAAGUACUUCUUAGAAGGUCAACACUUGGACGAGAGCUCGGUACCGCAGGAGUUACCGAAGGAUGCCGACUUUUUUGACGUAGCCUUGAUCAAAUACAGGAAAUAUGUAGCUGUUUUGAUUCCUCUAGUAGUAAUGCAGACAUUUUGGUGGUUGACGGCAAUCCGCUAUUCAUGGCUCGAACUCUACCGUACUCAUUGGGAACUUCCGGCUAUCAUGUUGCUCGGAUCAACCGUUGCUGGCAUGACAUCGGAAGGCGGUGGAGCAGUUGCGUUUCCAGUGAUGACGCUUGGUCUUAAACUCGCUCCAAAUGUGGCCAGAGAUUUCUCAUUGAUAGUUCAAGCAAUUGGGAUGACAUGUGCGCUAUUUGUAAUCAUAUUUAUGGGUGUACAGAUCGAAAAACGAGCCGUCGUCUUCGGUAUGAUGGGUUCGGUGCCGGGAUUUGUUUUCGGAUCACUCGUGGUUGAUCCGUUCUUCACCGGACCACAAAAGAAAAUGCUGUUCGUCUCGAUAUGGUCAUCAUUCGCUAUUGCUCUCUACUUGCUUAACGCUGAGAAAAAACGUAAAACCUACUCUGUGAUUCCGGAUUUCAAGCCGUGGAAAGCGUUUGUAUUGGCCUGUACCGCGUUUGUGGGAGGCAUUUUCACUGCUUUUACCGGCUCAGGCGUCGACAUUUGCAUAUUCUCGAUCAUUACUCUACUUUUUCGGGUCACUGAAAAGACCGCCACGCCAACUACCAUUGUGUUAAUGGGUGAGCCAUCAAUUAUCAUUGCAACGAUUCGUCAGUAA